CCAGGCAACAAACGCCUGGGCUUCCGCCUCUGGCUCGCCCCGCCCCCGGCCGUUGGUUCUCUGAACUGCUCUCUUCCGGGCCUCUGCACCGCACUCCUGCUCGGAGUCCCUCCUUGCUCCGGUCCUCAGGCACUGGCGCGCUCCUGGGGGAAGGGCCAGGCUGUGUGUGUGCGCCGUGCGCGCCGUGCGCGCGCUGGCCCCCUCGCACCGCGCUGCAAGAGCACGGCCGAGACCCGCCGGGGAGGGAAGAAGAGCGGGCGAGGCAGUGCGCGUCGCCCGAGGCCUGGGGUCCCGGCCACAGCUGCGCCGAAGACCUGCGGGCGCUCUCGGCUCGGCCGAACCGGGCGAGGAUUUCCCCGGCAGUCCGGCCGGGGCUGCGUAGACGCCGUACUCCAUCAACCCUGACUCGCACCUGGGCCCCGCGCGAACGUCCUUGAGCCGGGGACGCUAGUGUUCAGGGCACAAGAAAUAAGCACGUGUCUUAAGACCGACCGCACUUCAGAUUCGAUGAAAUACGGUACCUCCUACGGGAGAUGGUGGGCCCCGCCCACCCGAACCCAGACCCUUUCCACGCUGGCGCGGAGCCGCCUUGGGCUCCCGGCUCCGCCCCCUGGGGGACUCCUCCCCCACCCCGCGCAGGCGCGGAGCGUACUAACCGGCUCUUGCCCUCGAGACGCGCGGAUGCUGAGAUGGCGGAUUCCGAGCUGCAGCUGGUGGCGCGACGGAUCCGCAGCUUCCCCGACUUCCCCGUCCCCGGCGUGCUGUUCAGGGACAUUUCACCCGUCCUGAAGGACCCCGACUCCUUCCGCGCCUCCGUCAGCCUCCUGGCUAAUCACCUGAAAAAGGCCCACGGCGGCAGGAUCGACUACAUCGCGGGCCUAGACUCCCGUGGCUUCCUGUUUGGUCCCUCCCUGGCCCAGGAGCUGGGCUUGGGCUGCAUUCUCAUCCGGAAGCGAGGGAAGCUGCCAGGCCCCACUGUGUGUGCCUCAUGCGCACUGGAAUACGGGAAGGUGAGAAGCCUGGGGGCUGCCUCUGUGGACCCUCCAUUCCCAAAAGGAGAGUCGUGGACUCCAGUGGAGCUGCUGUGGUUGGUUGGAGUGGACAUGGGAACUCAGACUGAGAAGCUGGGCCAGGCUGACAGAGCCAGGAGACAGGGUGGGUUGGAACUGGGGCCCAGGGGGUGGCCCCUUGUCAGUUCCCCAGCUCUGCACACUAAGGCCCUUUUGGGGAAGCUGGUAGAUCACGUGCCCGCUUGCUUCUGCAGGCUGAGCUGGAGAUCCAGAGGGACGCCCUGGAGCCAGGGCAGAAGGUGGUGGUGGUGGAUGACCUGCUGGCCACCGGUGGAACCAUGCGUGCAGCCUGUGAGCUGCUGGGCCAGCUGCAGGCCCAGGUGCUGGAGUGCGUGAGCCUGGUGGAGCUGACCUCUCUGAAGGGCAGGGAGAAGCUGGGGACUGUGCCCUUCUUCUCUCUCCUGCAGUACGAGUGACCCCGGCCCCAGCCCCCCACCAACUGGAAGAGAAGAGGAUCAGCCGUUGGGGCAGGGCGGGGCGGGACUUGGGCGCCGGGGCUGCUGCCUGGGGGGCCUGCUGGGGCUUCUGGAAGCCCCAAGGCCUGGAGCUGCAGGCUCAUUGACAGUGGAAUGAGAAUGAGAAUAAACAGCUGACUUUCUAGA